AUGGCUGCUCCCAACAACCUCGCUGAACAAAUAUCUGCAAAGAUCGAUGAAGUCCGAACCAAUGCGCCGAACACAGAAUUUAAGGUAAUUACUGAUGCGGGUUAUGGCCAAAUAUGCGUCGGUCCCAUUGUUACCUCUCCGAGCCAAUUGUGCGACCUAGCUUCCCCUUUUCAUGAUGCUGCUCCCCCCAGAUUUUCUCUACCCCAUAAAUCGCCGGUCUGGGUCGGCACUACAUUCCGAAAUUGGCCGAUCGAACAUGCUGGGUUCUCUCAAUGGGUAAUAAGGCUUUCACCACACUUCCGUCAAUCCUGGAUCGACACCGGCAUCCACGAUCUAAUCGAAUUAUGCAAGGCAAGCAGGCCGAUAGCAAAACACUACAUUAUGGGGGCCUUUCUAUUCUGGUCAAGCGCCGUCAACUGUUUCUGCUUCAAAUCUGGGCCGAUGACUGUUACCUUACUCGACCUAGCUCUUAUGCUCAAUGUUCCUCUUAACGGAGAACGAAUCAACCCCAACCUUCGCGCCGAUGCUCCAAAGUUUAAUCUAUCCAAGGCGCAGAAAAGUUAUGGUGCUUUUGUGAAGCUUUUCAUGGGCGAAGAACCUUACAAGCCCGACCGUAAUGAACAUAUCGCCUUCCUGGCCUUCUUCAUCGCCGAAUACAUACUGUGCACCUCGUCCUUCAGGGUGACCGAAGACUGUUUUCUUCUAGCUACAGCACUUGCCGACGGUCGAAGGUGUAACUUGGGCGAAUUCAUCCUGGCACACCUAUAUCGCUCUCUGGGCGAUAUAGCACCCCUGAAAGAUCCAAGAACCUUCAAGUGCCCAGGAGGCCCGCUUUGGAUCGUCCAAUUGUGGCUCGCCCUAUACUUCCCCGAGCUAUUUGAAGUCGGUCCACCUAUCAAAGAUGAAUUAUGUGGUUUCCAAUUGAUAUCGGCUGGGACUCGCCUUCCUCAUGUGCUUGACGUUUUACAAGUCUUCAACAACCAUUCUAUAAGGUCGCCCGAAUUGAUGUGCCCUGCUCUUCAACUUACUUACCCACCGUCAUGGUUACUCGCUGGAUGGGAUGUAGAAGACUUGGAAGAAGCAGUGCAAGCCGAUCCAAGACUAAAACUUGGUGGUCCUUAUUGGGGAAUCGCCCUAAAAUGCAGAAACUUAAUAUCUAGGCUUGAUUAUGAUCGGAGUGGGGUCGAACCGUAUUGUUCGAACUUUGUGUCUCGCCAAUUUGGCUUUUGCCAAGGCCUUCCCUAUCCUUUAUUGAUCGCCUUCAAUAAUCGCGGGACCCAUCGAGCCUCUAUAGAAAACUACUCCGAACUCCAGUACAUCAUUAGCCUCAAUAAAGCCUACAUUCCUCCCUUGUCCGAACUGUCUCGCCCUAUCUUCACCCCUUCCUGUACUCCGGAAUUCACCAACUGGUGGACUUCCAUCGUCCAAAACUCUUUCGACCUAUCGCCUAAAUAA